CAACUUCAGAAUACAUCAUAGUAUGUUUAUGCAAAAAUCUGUUUGACAUAUUUAUGUAUUUAAUUGUUUUAAUUUAACAAAACAUUCGAUUUGUAUGAUAAAAAUCCACUAUUGUGUGUAUGGUGUCGUCACUAUAAAAUGGCCGCAGUCAAGUGAGUGUUUCGUUAAAGGUAUAAUAUUGCUACGCGUUUUGACAAAAAAAACUACAACUAUCAACAUAGUCUAAUAAUUAAGUGCAUUAUGAUUCAUUUUAUUGGUAGAUAUCAUUCUUUGUUUCAAUCUUUUCCCGAUUCUAUAACAAGACUUUCAACUUUUCGUCUUUCGUCACCGGCGUAUCCAGCUGACGACAAAACAAACGUCUUUUAUAUAUCGGCAAAAUCAAAUGUGAAUUUCAUUAAAUUUUAAACAAUUUUUCUUAAUUAAUAUUUGAAAAAAUUAAUAUUUGUCCGGAAAAUUGAUGAAAGUUUUCAAUAAAGUUUUUUUUUUUUUCUAAACCAUGCGAGAAAAGCAAUAACGUCAGUGCGCAGUUAGGUCGAACAAAGCCUUCUCGCGAUCAACCAAUGGGAUUAAGUAGGUCAGAGGAGAGCCAAUCGGAGGUUUGUUGUUAUCAUCAGCUGGCGGGUAGCCGGCCGGCGCAGCUCCUCAGUACUGCUCGGUUCGGCCAGCUGUAAGGAACUCUUUUUCUGAUUUCACACGCGGCGACAACCGGUGACUAUCGUUAAUUUACGGCCGACUCUUAAAUAGCGCCUAACAAAUUUUUCCUUGUAUUAUGCUCUCAGUAAAACUCGGGUUUCAAGUAAAUGACAAAAAAUUAUUUCCUAUUUAUCAAAAUAAUGAAGUGACGAAUAUCGCUGUUUUGCGCUUGCCGCGCAAACCUCCGCGUCCCACCAGCAGACGCUCUUCUGGAAAACAAUGACCUAGAGUUAUCGAAAUUUUUGGAGUUUACGGCACAAUUCAAUAUAUUCUUAAACGCGAUUGAAUUUUUUUAGUGACGUGUUUUUUUGGUGUGUGUUGAUAAUUUUACAACAAAAAAGCGUGUUUUAAAUUUAGUUUAUGCGCUGAGUGUUUUUUCGAAUCGUGGCGUCAAGACUUACUUUACGCCAAACACGAGGAGUUUCCGGAUUAUUAUUGCGCUGUUUUUACGAACAAUUGACAAACAAAAAACUAAAUUAUCAGACAUUAUCAAUAGUUGUGAGUGAUAAUUGGUGAAAAAAAAAAAUUAUCUAAUGAAUCUGUCAAAAGUUUCUUAAGCAGAUAAUGUCGACCGGCAAAAGGUUAGCUAAACGUAGUAUUGUUGGGACAAAGGUGUGUGCACCCGGCGAAGAUGGAAUGUACUACAGUGGAUUUGUAUAUGCAGUGAAAUCGCCAUCUUCUAGUGCUUAUGAAGCUGGACUUAGUCUUACAUCGAAAACGCGUUUUAUUGUGAAAUUCGAUCCAAUUUUAGGACAGGAGAAUCGUCCUAUGAAAGAAUAUUCUGAACGUGAAAUUAUUGGACCCGGCUUUAGUACAAUUACAAAAACAAAACUUGUUCGUGGACAGAAGGUCUUUUUAACAUAUAACGGACGAGAAAUUCAAGCCGAGGUUACGGAACAUAAUUUCGACACGGACGAGGUUCACAUUCUCAUUGCUCCGACGGGACAUGAGAUUUCUAUGAGCAUAACAAAAAAAUUGGAUGAAGUGAGACUACUUGAAUCAAGAAAAAGCGCACGACUUGCUUAUUCGGAUACUGAUUUUGCGAGACUUGCUGACAUGGCCGGGGAUAGAAAACGAUCAUCUUCAAGCUCCAUCGAUGUGCCAAAUGCCAAUGGGCCCGAGGAGACAAUGACAAGAACAAGGAAACAAAAACGCUGUAGAUGUUGUAGCGAGCGCGAAGAGCCUCUUAAAAAUAAAAUUCGAAAAAUUGGCGUAAAGAGGAAUCGAAAACGCAGAACAAGUUCCGGCAAUGAAUCAAAUGAUUGUGUACCACAUCAUGUUUGCAAAGACGCUGGAAAUUGUCGCAUCGAUGCCAAUGGAAUUUGCAUGAACGAUACUGACGCAGCCAAAUUGCUCAUUUCAUUUUCCUUGGGUUCUGCAUCGCCCUGUACACAUGGCCAAAAACAAUUGCCAAUUGCUGAUCCAAAUUACGGUUCUUGGCGUGGACGUGAGGAUGGAGUUGUUGUUUCACCAGGAGUUGGAGGAACAUCAAAUAGCAGUAGCAGCAGCAGUGGUGCUUCCUGGAGAAGUGGAACACCAAGUCCACCAUUGAGCGAUGAGGGUACUUCCGCUAAUAAUGCCACAACAUGGUCAAAUCAAGUUCAUGCCUCACACAGUCCUAAACCAGGAUCAACACCCGAUGAUGGACUUCUCACUGAUUUUUUCAUGUUAAAUGAUCUUCAUCCACGCAAGAAGAAGCGAACACAGGAACAUAAUGACCAGAUUCAUCCAGCCAUGGCUUGGCAUUUACAGGUCCGGUCGAAAUCAAAUCUGGUUGAGCAGAAUCCAAAUUCAGAAAUCAACGUGAGCGAUGAGGUACGUCCGUGGAAUAUUUUUUUGGAACAAUAUGGACAGACAGAAACGAGAAGUGUUUUCAAAUGUUCAUGGCGUAGCUGUUUUGCAGUACGCUCGACAAUUGAAAUGAUUGAGAAACACGUUCGUGAAAUUCAUUUGGGGCCAAGGAAGAACGACGAAACUGAUCACGAGGAAGAAUUCUACUACCAGGAAAUUGAAAUGGACCUUGUCAGUUCACCGCCGACCAUGUCCCAUCGUGAUAUGGCAAGACCUCCACAUGAGGAUCCGGAAUAUCUUAAACAAUUCCACGUAGAAGCUAUUCCAGCCAGCAUUUAUGCAGAAAAUGCUUUGCGUGGAGAUCGACCUAAUCCAUUUUCAAUUUCUUCUUCAUCUAAUGCAAAACACCUGAAAUUGUCAUCGAGGUCCUUCCACAAUUUACAGCACAAUGUUGGCCUUUUGACACUCACCACUGAUAAAUUGACAGCGUCAUCGCCGCGAAGAAAUCGUGGCGAAACGAAAAAAUGUCGAAAAGUUUAUGGUAUGGAUCAAAGGCUUCUUUGGUGUACGCAAUGCCGAUGGAAGAAGGCAUGCACUCGUUUCAACGACUGAAUUUGUCCUCAUCGAUAAAUGAAGAAAAAAAAAAUCGAUGUCGCCGAUGGCGGGUUUUUCUCGCCAAAAAAAAAAUCAACCUCAGGGUUUGCCAGUGCUAAUAUAUCUUUCUUCUUGAAAUAAUUUAAAAAGAAAAAAAAAAUAAUAUCAACCGUCGUUAAUCGCCAACUGUCAGUCAUCGUUUCCAAUCAUCAAUGACCAAUUUUAUUCAUUAUCAUUGCCUCAUUUCCAUCGAUCAAUCGACGGUCGUCAUCUUUAAAAAAAAAAAAAAAUGCAGUGCAACAAUUUCGAUGGAAACGUCAAUCCCAUGACGGAUGACGGACAGUUGAAGAGUCAAAACCUGACUAAUAUUAACAAACAUUAAAACUUAAAUUAUAAACAUAAAAUAUAAAUCACUGAAUCGAGGAGUUUAUCACUUUGGCACUUGGCAAACCACAAGGGGGGUUGGAUUUUUUGUUUUUUUUUUUUUUUUCGUAAAAGAUAAGAAGAUAGAUAGUUAAUAUUAUGAACGGGAACCGGCGAUUAUGGACUGGAGCGUUCUCUAUUAGAGCGCGUUGCGCAAUCGUUUUGGUUGUCGUUCAAAAACCAUGAGUGUUGACUUGUUGCAGCAGAUCUCUCUCUCCCUCUCUUUCCCUUUCUCAAAAAACAGAGAAUAAAACGGAAAAUCUGGUAGGCUUUAUGCGCAAGCAAUUGAUUCAACCUCUCGAUUCCUCCGAAAACAAAAAUUCUUUAUUGAAACCAAAUUCCGUUCGAUCCUCGCAAAAAAAAGUGACGAUCUGCCGCAUCCGAUCAAACACUGAUUUUGGUACGUAAAAUGGUACGCACUCACGAGUUUAAUUCUUGCUCUCGCUAUGGCCCCCCGAUCAGAGUGAGUGUGUUGAAAAAAAAAUAACGAGCUCGGAAAGCGGAUCGAAUGCCAAGCGAAGCAACUUAGAAUUUAUUAUUAUUAUUAUAAUAAAGGGAAUAACAUAGCAAAUUGUGAUAUUUUCUCUAAAUCAAUUGGAUCCCGAGGGUCAAAAAAAAAAAAAAAAUCGAAAGGAAUGGCGGUUCGUAACUAGACAAAAUUCUCAAAAAUUUUGAGAAAAAGGAAUUUUGAAAAAAAGGAGAAGAGAACAAAAUUUUAUACACCAAUUCUAUACUGCCAGACAAAUAAUAAAAAAAGAUCGUUGUUCGAGUUUCGUAAGUACCCGAAAAAAAUAUAUUAAUCUGUAAAUAAUAAAUGUAGUAGGUGCGUUGAUAGUCUUGGUAUCUUAUCCGCUAAAUGAAAAGAAAAAAAGCGAUCAUGGGACGCGUAAUAUGCUAUGAAGUCGAAUCGAUCGAUCGAUUUUUAUAUAUAAAAAAAUAUAUAUAUAUAUAUUUCCCUCCCAUCAAAUGAAAAAAACGUAGUUUCUUCAGAAUUCGAAUUUCCAUUUUUUUCUAGUUUGUCUCUUUUUUUUAGUCAAAGUCUCUCACGACGCAUGUGAUCUCGAUGAAAGAAGAUUUUUUUUUUAUCCAAAAAGAAAAUCCUCUGCGAUUUUUAAUUUAUUUUUUAAAGAGCUGCGAUUUUAUUAUUUUGCUUGUUUUUUUUACAUAAUAUAUAUAUAUAUAUAUAAAUAAUGAGAAACGACGCGAUUCUGACGAAGCUACUUCGUAACGGAAGUUCUCGUUCGAUGAAGAAGAACGCGUGCGUGUCGUUAAAAGAAAUUUCUCGACACGCUUAGCUAGAAUAAUUUUGUAAAUACGUAUACCCCCCCCCCAUCGCCCUCCCCUCAUUUUCCCCUCCCUCUUCACGGCGAAAGAGAAUUACUCAAAUUUUUGAAGAGCUCUCUAUUAAAACAUUCGGAAUUUAUCUUAAUGCAGUCACUGUAAUGUAAAGUUUCAGAAUUUGACUGUUGUGAAACUUCCAGUUUUAAAUUUCUCUUUAUUGUCUCAGAAUAUAUUUACUUAUAUUCUUGAAAAUUAUUAGAAAUUAAUUGAAAUUUAUCAUAUAUAGGAAAUGUAUAAACAAAAAAUUUUAAUUUUUUUUUUUAACAAAAAUUGAAUGGAUUUUUACAAUAAAUUAGGGAAAAAGUUUUUUGAUAUAUAAUUAUUAUUUAAUCUAUAAAUUGAUAUAUAAGAAAAAAAAUUGUGUUCUAUAAAUAUAUAUAUAUAUAUUUAAAAGAAAAAUUAAAAAAAAUUAGAUUAUUGUGAGACUAUUAGAUUUAAGUUUAAAAUUCGAAAAAAAAACUGGUGGUUUAAAAAAAUAAACCCUAUUUCCAUCAUUUUGGAAGAAAUGAAGACUGCCGCAUUGAUCUUCCAAAAGAAAAAGAAACGUGAAAUAUUAAUUGUAGGAUUUUAGGAUAAUUUUAAAAAAUCUAUAUUUAUUGGACUUAGUAAUAUUAAUGUAAAGAUUAACAAAUUUAAAGACUCAAAAUUUAAAUGUAAUUAAAAUUAUAAUAAGGAAAAAAAAAUUGAGCAAGACUUGAAAAAAAAUUGGAACAAAUGGAAAUAGGGUAGACUGAUUAUGACAUGAUUUACGAAUAUCGCAUCGUGCCUUUUUUUUGGCAAAUAUUGACGCCAAUUUUAGACUGAACCUUGAACAUUACAGUUUCUGCGAUGUUUUUUGUUUGACAAAGUCUUUUUUUUCUCUAAUACCAAAAAGAAAAACGAAAAUCCGAAUCAAAUUUUGCAACUGACAGUAUUAUGCCAAUGAAAAUUGUUUCAAUGUUUCUAAUAUUUUUGUGUAAAAGUUAUUUUUCUUUUUUUAAAACUCAAAUUUUUAAAUUUAAAGAUUUUUGGAAAUUUUUCAAAAUACUUUCCACAUAUAUAGAAACAUGAAAUAUUAUCGUAAGGCUAAGGAUUUUUCCCCCCGGCUAUAGUUAGUCGUUUUGACGCAACCAAAGGAAUUUGUAAAAAAGAAAAUUCAUUUAUUGUUUUUUGUCUUCUCUGAAUUUUUUUUUUUUUGAGAAAAAAAAUCGAAACGUAAAGACGCUAGUUCAUUUAAGAAUUUUUUUUUCUUUACUCACUUUUCAAUCGCCAGAUAAAACAAAUUAGAUUAAUCGUGAUAAUUUUCCUUUUUGGCUUGCAGAUCUCACCAUGGACCAGUAAAUCUAAAAAAAAAAAUUUAAUUGCAAAUGAUCAAAUUGAAAAAAAAGAAUUUUUUGGAAAAUAUAUUUUUUUUCAAAUUGAUCAUUGUGCAAAAAAGAAAAUAAAUUGGGAUUCCAAAGGGGCAUUUCGGGAUCUCGAUUAUCCUGACAAAAUCGAUCGUGCCAAAGUUCUGACUGCUUUUACUUUCUUUCUCUUAAGGGAGAAAUUAUUAUUAUUAUUCUCGAAAGCAGAUAUUCAUUACCGAACGAACAUAAGUCACAAAGAUUCUAUUGAUAAAACAGUAAAAAAAAAAAAAAAAAAAAAAAAAUACAAAUAGGCAGAGAACUCGCAGGUAGAAAGUAAUUACCGUCCAGUUAGGUACCUUGCCCCCUCCCCCUCUUUUUCUAGGUCAAAUCCGCACAACUCGAUCAAUUACGCGAUCGACGUAAAUCGAUAAGCAAUUUCUCCUUUUUAACACACACACAAAAUAUCAACUGCGAACACCAGCAUCGCUGGCUGCAAAAGAAACAAACAAUAUCUCAGGGUAUAUCAAAUAUUUAUUUUUUUACAUUCUCUCGAAAAGCGCAUCUCGCGUUUUUAAACUCGGUCAUUCUAAUUAUGAAAAAAUAAAUCAUCUUUAUUAUUCAAUUUGCAGUCGUCGAUGAAAUUUUUCACAUUUUAUAUUAAUUUUUUUUUUAAAUUGAAUUUUUUUUUACUGUAAUUCUUUUUUUUUUACAGUGAUUUUUAAUCAUUGACGGCAAUGACAAUUUUUUGACUCCCUUACCCUCCCCCAUUUUUGAAAAAAACAUUCCAAUUUCCCAUGAAAUUCUGAUUUCAGUGACUCAAAAAAAAAGAAAUCAUAAAUCACUAAAGUACGUAACGUUAAUAACAAAAAAAAAAAAUACUUUUACCAAAGUAACAAAAAAGCGUCGAUUUGACGAACUCUGUGCACCAUUAUACAAAGUACCUCAACACAACAGUACCUUGUAGUAUCGCAAUAAAAGCAAAUUUAAAAAAAACUAGAUUUAGGUGAAAAAAAAAAGAAUUUUACCAAUGCGAUACAUAUUUUCAAGCUCCGGAUAAAUUUUACUUAAAAAAAAAAAUAACGCUUUUUCUCAGCGUCAAAAAAAAUAAAAAGAAGAUAUUUUUCGAAACUGAAAUCAGACUUAGAGAAAAAAAAAAUUAAAUAAACGAGAAGACUGUAUAAAUCUUCAAAAUAUAUUCUCCCCCGAGGAAUAAUAUAACAAAUCCACAAAAAAAAAUGAUCUAAAACAAAAAUUUUUCUAUAAAAAUUUAUUUCCUCAGGGGAGGAAAAUUGAUUUUAUUCAAAAAAAAAAAAAAAAAAAAUGCGACUCUAUUUUCGAUCGAUUCGACUCGAGCUUUGAUAUUUAAAAUCGUUUUUAAAAAUAAAUUUUAUUUUUUUCAGUUUUUUUCUUGGGUCGGGAAAUGUUGUUGUCGUCGCGGAUACCUAAUGACCGGGAUAUAUCAUACCAAAACGAUCUCAUAUCGAUUUUAAAUAAAAAAAAAAAAUGCAAUUUUUGGAGAUAAAAAAUAAAAGAAAUGGUACGUUCGACAAAAAACGAACACAGUUCUCGCCGGUCGAGGAUCAUUUACACCUCCCCCACCCCUUGUAUAACUUUUUAGUGGCUGUUUAGUAAAAUUCUAUAUAAUGAAAGAGUUAUUUAUAGCCAAUCUUUAAUUUUUAGGUGAUAAUUAAUUAUAAAACGAUUUUUAUAAUAAUUAAUCGAGAUAUAUAUAUAUAUAUAUAAUGAUCCUCGUGUGCCGCUUGAACUUUUUAUCGAUUAUUGAUCGUUCGUACUAAGCAAAGACAUAUUAUUAUUAUUAUUAAUUAUUAAUUAUUAGAUAUUAAUUAUUACCAUCGUCAUCGUCAUGAUCAUCUUCUAGAAAUAUUAUAUACCAUUUAUCUCUAUAGAGCAUUAGAUUAUUAUCAUCUACGUUGUCGCAAUGUUGUAUACACGCUAUUUCUCUGCGAAAAAAACAUUGAUUAUUAUAUAUUAAUAUUAUAAUAAUAUUAUUAUUAUAUCUAUUAUUACUUUUGUCGGUUAAUACGAUUAUUAUUAAUUAUUACAUUAUUAUGAUUAUGAUGAUUAUUAUUAUUACUAUUAUUAUUAUAUUAUUAUUAUUAUUAUUAUUAAUAUUAUUAUAAUUAAUAUUAUUAUUAAUAUUAAUUUUAUUAAUAUUAAUAUUUUUAUUACUAUUAUUAUUAUUAUUACAAUCAUUAAUUAUUAUUAUUAUCAUUAUUAUUAUUAUUAUUGUAUAAAAAAUAUAUUAGGAAACUCGUUAUAGUAUUUCACAAUACUCCACAAGGACGAUAUUGUAAUCCGAUUAAAAGAAAAAAAAAAAAAAAAAAGCGUUCGACGAUCUCCGAGGGUGAAAGACACACACGCUGAUUAUUAUAUAAAAAUAAAUGAAACUCGAAUGAAUUACUGUACCUUGCAUAUCGAGUGCUGCUCACGCAUCGAAUUUUAACAUCGGACAAAGAAUGGAGAUUUUACGGAGAAAAACUAUGUAGAUUUAAAAUAAAAAAAAAAUUAUAUGACGAAAAAAACUUGACAACAAUAAAUAGAAAUAGAAAUAAAAAAAAAUAAAAAAUACUUUUAGAUCUAAAUUGGCGAUAAAAUCCAUUUUUUCAUUAAAAAUUCAAUUUUACAACAAAAAAAUUUGUUUUAUUUUUUGGUAAAUGGAGAAAAAUCCAUGUUUUUUUUUGCUAUCGCUAAUUUAAAUUUAAAAUUAAAAAAAAGAGCAAAUAUAUGAGAAAAAAAAAAAAAAAAAAAAAAAAAAAUACUACGAGAUAAUAUACAAUAAAGAGAGAAAAAAAUAUAUAAGAAAAAUAUAUGACUAAAAAAAAAAGAAAGAGAUAAAAAUUAGUUUGUUGCAAAAAAGAUAUUUUUCUGAAUCCCUACAAAUAAGUCCCGAAUAAAAAAAAAAGAAAAAAAAAUGGUAAUUCUAUUUUUUAAUUGUAAAAAAAGGCUCUAAUGACUUGUCCGAUGUUUUGUUCGUUCGUUUCUUCUUCCCUUAUAUUAAUAUAUAUAAUAUAUAUAUAUUAUAUUGCGCUUGAGAUUUUUUUUUUUUUUUUUUUGAAAUAAAAAAUGCACUUUUGCGCAUUAAUAAUAUUGUGAUUCAAAAAAAAAAAUCUCACAAAAAAACUUCCAUCGAGAAGAGCAUGAACAUCAGCAGUUGAGAAACAAAAAUAAUUGUAUAUAGAUGCCGAAAUAUAUAGAAAAAAAAUCUAGUUUUACAUUGGACAUUAUAUAAAUCAUUAUAAAAAGAGAGAAAAAUGCGAUUCUAUUUAAAGAAAAUAACUGUCAUUCUCGACAGAAUUUAGCAAAUUUUUCUUAGAUUUAGUAUAUGAAUUAUAAAAUUUUUUUGUCACUUGUAAAAAAAAUUUGUAAUUGUACAUUUUUUAAAUUUAAUUGAAAUUGAAAUGAGUUGGUUCAUUCUCUUCCGUGCGGAAGUUUUGAAAACAAUUCUUUUUUUUGUAUCGUUCGGCUUACAAUGCUGUAAAUCAAUUAAUUGUAAGGUUCCAACAUCGAACCAUUGUUUUUCUAUAUAUAAUAAUAUAUAAUAUAUAUAAUUGUGUGUCGAACAUUUGUAAUUUUACAACAAUUUUUAUACAUAUGUGUGACAUAUUCUAAUCAGAUUAAAAUAGUAAACGCUUAGGCAUAAUUUUUUUAGACCGCUUUAAGUGUUCUUCACAUUUUUUUUCAUAUACGAAUUGAUUUUUAUUUUUUCAAUAUGUUAAAUUUUUGAAGUCUUUCGAUUUUUAUCUAUUUAGGCAUAUUCAAAAAUUUAUGUAUCUUCGAAAUUCAGACACAUCCUUUGGAGAUAAAAAAGGGAUUUAAAUUUACUUUUUAAAAAAAAAAUAUUUCGCAAUAAAGCGAAAAUAAAAUAGUGUAUUGUCUUUUCAAAAAAAAAAAAAAAGAAAACUUUGUUUAUAGCAUUGUAAACCGCACAAAUUUUUGAAAAUGGCAUUACGACAAUGGCCCUGAUUGAUUUUAAAAAUGAGCGUAAAAAGAAAAAUUUAAUAAGUAUACAGAAGUUCGAAAAAAAAUAAAUAAAAGCGGUACAUAUUUAUUCGUAUUAAGCUGCGUUCGCUCGAUCCGCGCAAAUGCAUAAUAAUAAAAAAAAAUAAAGAUAUCAAUAUAAAAAAAAAAUAGUAAUUUAGAGAGAGCUAUAUAUCUACGAUCUACCCACGGAGCACGAUGCUUACCGUUUACGAAAACGAAUUUCUAUAUGUCGUAAGAAAUCAGUCGUUUAAGUAGUGAUAAUUAGUAGUCUAUAAAAAUUAAAAAAAUUUUGUGAAGUUGAAUUUUUUGAAAUAAAUUCAACUUCCAUCACUUAUAGAUCGUCAGCGAUUUUUGUUAAAAAAUUAUGUUCGUAGAUUUCACUUUGUUUUAAUUUCACACAAAAAAAAAUGAAGUGAAAAAAAAAACGAUUGACGCUCUCAGCGGCUUCUCAAUUAAAAAAAAGAAACAAUUAUUUAACAAUUUAUGACAAGUCUUAUUUCAAAUUUAAAAUAACUAAGAAAAUUAACAAUUUUUUUGAUUUUAAUUUUUAAUAUUUAAAUACUUGAAUAUUCAAGUAUUUAUUAUUGCAAUAUUUUUUUUAAUUUAAUCUUUUUUCUAAUUAGAAUAUUUAAAUGAUUUUUUUAAAUUUAAUUUUUAUUCUUUGUGACUAACGAUAUUUUUUUGCAAAAAAAUGUACUUUUAUUGGUUUUUGAGUGUAUUUUUAAUUUUUAUUUUAGUUUUUACGCCUGUUGGAGAAUGAAAAAAUUUUUUUUAUUAUAGAAAUGAGAUUUUUGAAAAUUUAAAUUUAAUAUGAAUUUAAAAAUAAAAAUGCUAUUAUAAUUUCAUUUUUACAAUUAGAAGCCACUGGGACAUUAAAAAUUGAUCAUGUAACCGCUUUUUAAUUUAAAAAAAAAAAAUCUUGUAAAGAGUCAAAUUUCCAAAAAAGAAAUUUUUUUUGAGGAAAAUUUUGUAUAGCGUUGACUCAGUUGUGUUAAACGAAAUAUUUUUUUAGUCGCGUUUCAAGUUUUACAAAUUGUAACUCACGAUGUGUUCUGGCGGAUUUAAAAAUAUUUCCAUAAUAAUAAUGUUUAACACAGCUUUGAGACGAGGCACAUUAUUUUCAUCUCGAAUUUUUGCAAAAUUUGGAAUUUUUCAAAGUAACAGUCCUUUUUUUAAUUUAAAAGAUUCUUAAAUUGAAAAUUUCCAAUUUUUACAAAAUACUUUUAAGAAUUUUUAUUUGAAAAGUUGUUCUCAAAAAUUUUUAAUUCUAAAUUUUAAACAUAAAUUUAGAAUUAGAAUUUUUAGAACUCUUUUUGGAAAAGAAAACGCAAUUCUCUACCUUAACUGGAAAUUUGAUUCUAUUUUAUAACAAAUUCGCUGUUAAAUUUCAAAUUUUUCUGAGGCCAUACAAAAAAAAAAAAUUUGUUCGCCCUCGUUAGAUGUUGAUCUUCUCUAGAAAAAAAAUAAAUAAAAAAUUCGUAACCACGUCCUGCCGCGAAAUCACGAGAAAAAAUAUUUUCUCGAGACAAAAAACAAAAAGAGUACAAAUAAAUAGAGAAGAGUCAUUAACACACGAUUUCGCAAACAUGAAAUGCUGGAAAAAUUUGAAAAUUUCACGACUCAUAUUAUUAAAAGCGGAAAACGAGCUAUAUAUCGUUGUCGAUAACAUUGAUUAAUUUUGUCUCUGUUGAGCUAAAAAAAAAUCGCCACCGUUUAUUGUCAUCGUCGUCAUCAAAUUUAGAUUCAUCAGUUAAACGAGUAACUCUUAGAAAUAAAGAGAAAUUAAAUAUUAAUGAGAAAUUAUUUAUCAUUGACUCAGUAAAAAUCAAUUUUCAAAUUAAUCUUCUUUUCCAUUGACACUUUCGAGAAAAUAAAUUUAUAUAUUGUAUUAAAAUUAAUCAAUUGAAUAAAAUAAUAAUUAAAUUUAAUAGGAAAUUUAUAUUCAAUAUGAUUUUUAAUUGAGUUGAAAUUUAAGAUACUCGUUUUUCAUGUUGAAUCAUUAAUUUCUUUUUCCGUUGACCCCAUUCAAAACAGCGAUACGAUUGAUAAUAUUGAAGAGAAUAAAUAUAUAAAUAUAUAUUUACGGAAAAAUAUAAAAAAGAUAACGAAGAUAAUUUAAACAACAGAGUUAUUUAAUAAUGGAAAAAUAAAAAUUUCGAGUUUACAAUUUUACGCUAAGCAGUUAUCGUGUGUAAACUUUUCGAAUGUUAUGAUUAUAUAAUAUAUAUAAAAAAAAGAAAUGAAUAAACACAAGUUGUACCAUUAGUUAUUAUAUUUAUAUUGAGCGCAUAAAUAUAUUUAUAAUAACUUUGUCAACGUAUUUAUUAUACUAUUAUAAAGAUAUAUAAAUAAAUAUAUAUUAUAUAUCUUAGCGGCGACGAAAAAAAAGACAAGACGACGAUGACGAUUGAAAUAUUGGCGAGAUAAUAAUAUAUUGUAGACAUACGAUUAAUGUUAUUAAACAUUAUAUUUUAUUAAUUAUUAUAUACAUACACAUAUAAAUAUAUAAAUAUACUUAUAUAAGUAUCAUGUUACAUAGAAUAUAUGUUACUACAACUUCUUCCGUAA